GUUACGUUGGAAAAACAAGUAUGGUUCUGAACUUUGAUUUGAAUGAAUUACCUGUGGACGAGGACAUGGUUUUUGAUGAGUAUGAAUUACCUGGCUACGAGAAUGUGGUUUUUGAUAUGAUUGGAUUACCUGUGGAAGACAAAGAGGACGUAGCUUCUAAUACCACAUCCCCUGAGAUUGGUGACAGUUCUAGUAGUAACAGUGAGUUACUUGGCCCCAAAGAAACCUAUGAUGUUUUGCCUGCAGUUCCUAUGGAUGAGGAUGUGGCUUUGAAACACGAGGAACUCAAGAGUGGAAACAAUACUGAGACUCGUGUUGCAAAAGAAGAUAACAAAAGUGACCAAGUGAGUAUGGCUGUAGAUGGAGGCAAGGUUUUAUCUAAUGUGAAGCUGUCAGCUCAAUUGCUUGAAGGGAAUAAGGAAAAAAUUUUACGGUCUAAUAAAGUUGUGAAAUUAGUGAAGAUGUGGAACCAUUCAAAUGGGAGGAUCACAUGGGAAGGGGAGGAGGAUAUGAAAAAACAUUACCCUCUGUUGUUCCAAAACAAGAAAAUGUAAUAUAUGUUUUAAGUUUAAUUUUGUUUGA